AUGAUACUCAACAACAUUACAACAUCUAAAAGAUAUCGUGUAGUGGUGGUGUUCACCAUAACUACAGUGCUUUUGUUAUUUUCUAAUGGUGUGCGAUCAUUACAACAGUACAACGAUGGUGAGAGUUGUCCAGGCUAUAACUUGGUAAAGUCAUCACCUACCAACUCGGGACAGAGUGCAAGUCUGAUACUACAAAAUGCGGGUCCAUACGGCAGUGAUAUCACUCAGCUAACUGUAGACGCAACCUAUCUAACACAAGAUAUUCUAAGAGUUAAGAUCUAUGAUUCUAAUAAUCAAAGAUGGGAAGUUCCAAAUAUUAAUCAAUUUUCAACACCAACAACAACACCAUCGACUUUAAAAUAUGCAAUUCAAUUCAGUGAAUCACCUUCUUUUGGAUUUCAAGUUAUUAGAACAUCAGAUUCAAUGGUUUUGUUCAACACAACACCACCAACCGAUUGCUCAUUAAAUGGAUUAAUUUUUGAAGAUUAUUAUUUAGAAAUCUCUAAUACUUUUGAUGAAUUAAAUCCAAAUAUUUAUGGUUUGGGUGAACGUACUACAUCGUUGCGUUUAGAAAACAAUCGUACUUAUACUAUUUUCAGUAGAGAUCAAGGUACUGCUAGUAAACCUUUUAUCAAUACUUAUGGUGUACAUCCAUUCUAUUUGCAAAUGCAUUCUGACGGUACUGCAAGUGGUGUCUUCUUGUUGAAUUCCAAUGCAAUGGAUGUUGUUCUCACCGAACAAUCGAUGACCUACAAGACAGUCGGUGGUGUAUUAGACUUUUUCUUCUUUGUAGGACCAUCGCCACGUGAAGUAAUCCAACAGUAUCACCAGGUGAUCGGAUAUCCAAAGAUGCCGGCAUACUGGUCACUCGGUUGGCACCAGUGUCGUUGGGGUUACCACACACUCGAAGAUACGGAAGCGGUCGUUGCCAACUACUAUAAGAACGGAAUUCCACUGGAAACUAUGUGGAACGAUAUCGAUUACAUGAAUUCCUACGAGGUGUUCACUACCGAUCCAACUCGAUUUCCUGUCUCUAAUUUCAGUCAAUUCAUCGAUUAUCUUCAUGAGAACGGUCAGCACUACAUGAUGAUUGUAGAUCCAGGUGUAAAGAUCGUCUCUGACAAUUCAUACCCAUCGCACAACGAUCUCUUGGAAUCGAAUGCCUAUAUUACUAAAGCUGACGGUGUCACACCGGUCUUGGGUUCUGUUUGGCCAGGUCCAGUCAACUUCCCAGAUUUCUUCCACCCGAAUGGAACCAACUAUUGGAUCGAGCAAUUCUCUGCAUUCCGUGAGAUGGGUAUCACGUUCGAUGGUGUUUGGAUCGAUAUGAAUGAAAUAUCAAAUUUCUGUAAUGGCGAUUGCAGCUCUAGUUCCAACACCAGACAAUCUGAAACAUCCAGCAUAUUCAAUCCAAACAAUCCACCAUAUCUACCAGGUGGUGUAUUAUUGAAUAUCGACACAAUCAAUCUUACAGACACUCAAUACGGUGGAUUGUCAGUUUAUAACACUCACAGUCUCUACGGUUACAGUGAAGGAGUAGCAACUACUAUCGCCGCUGAAAAACUUAUUGGAGGACGUUCCUUGGUUAUUGGACGUUCCACCUUUGCCGGUAGUGGUGCUCAUCAAGGACAUUGGUUGGGUGAUAACGACAGUACCUACACCGAUAUGUAUUAUUCGAUUCCAGGUAUUCUCGUUAUGAAUAUGUUUGGUAUUCCUAUGAUCGGUGCCGAUAUCUGUGGAUUCAAUGGUGCUACCACUGCAGAGUUGUGUGCACGUUGGACUCAACUCGGUUGUUUCUAUCCAUUCAGUCGUAAUCACAAUAGUAUCAACAUGCCAUCACAGGAGCCCUAUGUAUUUGGUCAGCAAGUCACAGACAUUGCUAUUGCAUCGAUCAACAACAAAUAUACGCUACUUCCAUACUACUAUACUUUGUUCUAUCAAGCCAAUACCAAUGGAAGUACUGUUGUACGUCCAUUGUUCUUUGAAUACCCAUUGGAUUCCAAUACCUAUUCUAUCGACCAACAAUUCCUGGUUGGUGGACAUCUCCUUGUCAGUCCAGUAUUGACCGAAGGUUCAGUCAGCGUCAACGCUUAUUUCCCAGCUGACCAAUGGUAUGAUUAUUUCACUGGAGAAUCUGUUGCAUCGACAAUCACUGGACAAUACCUAACAUUGGAUGCACCACUCGAGACUAUCAAUGUCCAUGUUCGUGGUGGAGUUGUUUUGCCACUCCAACCAACCUCACAAUACUCAUCGUCAGAUAACCCAGCACCAAUUACUCUUAAGGUGGCACGCACUCUACCAUAUCAAUUGUUGAUUGCACUCGAUGAGACAUCGACAGCCAAAGGCUAUCUUUUCAUCGACGAUGGAAUGUCUCUUGACUCUAUCGAAUCUAACGACUUUGAUUUCAUUGAAUUCAAAGUUGAGAAAAAUGAACUUAAAUCAAAGCCAAUCAUUACAGCAUUUAACAACCAAACCAUUGCCUCAACAACCUUGGCAACACUCCAAGUCUACGGAGUACAAUCACCAGUCACACAAGUUCAACUCAACCAACAAACAUCAUUACCAUUCACCUAUAACGCAACAGUUCAAACAUUGUUUGUCAAUGUAACAUCAAUCGAUUUAUUAACUCCAUUUAAAAUCAAUUGGAAUUAA